AUGUCUUUCCAACUAUUUCCUCCCCCGCCCAGGAAACAGAGGCCUAUCAAUCUCAAACGGCCAGCACAGCCUGCCAGCCCAGAGCCCGCUGUUGAAUUGCUUGAACGUGCGAAGGCGCCGGUCGACUUCCACGAACUCGUCAUCAAAGUUAAUUCCAAUCCUGCAUCUCCCAUCGAAACUCCACCUCAGGCUCACGUUGGCUCCUCAACCGCCGGAAAGUCUUUACCAAAACCCUCGGCAACUGGGACCGGCAAGAAUGUGUUGAGAUCGGACAGUCCUCAGUCGCGCGCCCGGUCUUCAUCUCUCCGCUCUGGAAAUGGCAGAACAACUCCGUCUUCGGGCGGCCACACUAGCCACUCGCCGAACAACAUCUCCCCGAGCAGGGAGUCCGAAGAUACAAUAUCACCUUUGUCACAGGCAGAUCGCCAAUUCUACACGUCUUCGCCCGCCUUCUCAGAUGCCACGACGCUUGUCAGAAAUCAAAGCACGGCCACGCACCGGACCAAAUUGAGCCAGACGAGCCCCAAGGACGCACCUGUCAUGCGGUCGAUAUUCCCGCGCUACAAUCCAGAUCUUCCAUUAUCACAUCAGCAAUACAAACCAACGCAGACGUCCCCAGCCGACAUCCCGAAGGACAAGAUCAGCCGGAAGCCUUACUCGCCUACCUUUUACGUACCCCACGCCAACGUGCUCCGGAGCGGUUCACCCGAAGAGCCAUACUACACUCCUAAAAUCGAGCUCGGCACUCUAUGGGACGCGGCCAACGGCAAAGCCCGACCAGAAGGGUGGCGAACCUACGCCCUGCAAAUGCACCGUCGCAACGCCAGCCCCACCUCCUCCCCCGUCGACGGCGAAGCCUUCGUCUUCGGCGCUUCCCCCGUCCAGCCCUUCUACAGCUUCGAGCAAGCCCUCAUCGACAAGGACACGGACGCCUGCGAGGUCCUCAUCUCCCGCACCAACCCCACCCAACCGCGAGACAACAACAACCCCCACCACCACCACUCCCUCCCCAUCGCGCACCUCGCCAUCCAAACGCCUCCUCCCCACGGCCAUGCACCCCCUCGCGAAAGCCACCCCGAAGCCACGGCAAUUACGACCAUCACCCCCAAGCUCGCCACGCUCGGCGCCCUCGAAGCCGCCGCGCAGUCGGCGCGCGCGUCGGAAAUCGCCUCAUUCGACCCGAGAGCCGAGUCGCCGGCGGCGGCAGCCCUUGCCGCCGACGCGGUAGCGGCGUGCGAGGCGCAGCAUGCGUGCGCGCUGCGCUACUGCCCGGUCGCGGAGCCGCUGAUGGCGCCGUACGAGGCGGGCAAGACGGGGACGUAUGAGUUGAGGCAUCCGGCGCUGGGGGCCUUUCCGGUCGUCGUGCAGGGGGAUGUGAGGGCGAGUCUUGCGGCGGCGGCGGCGGCGGCGGCGGCAGCGAACAGCAACAAGAAGAAGAAGACGACGACGGAGAGCAGUGGUGGCGGCGGCGGUAGCGGCGGCGGCGGCAACGACGCCCGCACAAGCAGUCCCACUACCAGCCCUCGGCCGGCCGUCCCCGCGACCAUCACGCUGCUCAACCCCUUCGCCGCGCCUCGCAGCAGCACGGCAGACGCCGCCCCGGACACGGAUAGCAAGCGGGGCAGUCCCUCACCCAAGCCCUCCUCGGACUCCUCGCGCGACCGCCCCGCCUCCCCCGCCCCGGACGAGGUCCUCGCCCGGCUCGCGCUGCACACGGCGACGCUGACCGUCGACGUCGCGGCCAUCGCGGCGCUCGGCGCCGACGAGAAGAACAGCAGUCCUCACGCGCACUCGCCGCACCCGCACGUCGUCGACGUGGCCGUCGCCGCCGUCUUGGCCGUGCUGGUCGCGGAGAGGCGGAGGGUGGGGGUCCCCACGCCCGUUCGUGAUGAUGCUUCGACCACCACCGGCCUCCUUGCGGGUGGUGGUUCUGCGGCGGCUGCGGUCGAGGCGCAACAGCGGCAGCACCAGCACCAGCAGCAGGGCGUUUAUGGUGGCGGGACGUGGCCGGCGCCGGUGGCAGCCGCGGCCGCGGGGACGGUGGUGUUUGAGGGGCCGCCGACGGCGGCGGCGAGGCGGUGGCCCGGGAUGGAGGCGGUGGGGCCGAGGGAGUUGGUUAGGGAGAAGGUGAGGUUGGGGAGUUGGGGUUGGUGGUUUGGCGAGGAUGGGGAGAAGGCGGAGGCGAAGGCGAGGAAGAGGGAGGCGAAGGCGAGGAAGAAGGGGGUUGUGGAUAUUGAGAUGGGUCAGGUGGGGGCGGGGGAGAGGAGGGUUGAGGGAGAGGGGAAGGGGAAGGAGAAGGAGGAAGGUAUGCAUUGGUUGGUGGAGCUGGUGUUGAUGCUGUUGGUGUUUGCGUUUAAGGUGGUGUGGUUCUUGUUGACCAUUUUAUUCAAGGUGCUGGGGAGGGUGGUGGGGGUGGUGAAUCGGUGUGCGGCGAAGGCUUAG